GUACUGAAGGAAAAAAAUGGCCUCAAGCACAAGAAACAGUUGUGAUGAAUGCACAAGACAAAGAGAUUGUGGAGAAGAUGGUAGAGGUGGCGAAAAACAUUGGGAUGAAACAGAACAAUGGUGCAGCGGCCAAUAGUCAACAACAAAACAGUGCAGUCGUCUCGAUGAUGAACUCCACCCCUGGAAGGGUUAAUUUUUCAAUGAAUCAGGAUUGGCAUGGGGAAGUGAUGACUGGUGAAUAUCCUUCGGUCAUUGAUGUCAGCAAAGGCGACAGCUUUACUCAUUCGGCGACAGAUAACGAUGGAUCCAAGGGAGCCGUAGUGUACUUGGGCAACAACAGUACUGCUAAAAGUUGUGCAUGGCUAUUGGCUUGGUCUGCUCCCAAAUUUCCCACCACCAACAAUCCUAACAAGGUUUACGUCAAAUGUGGCGAUGCCACUGAUUUCCAGAAUAUUAAUUGGAACCAAAUCGAAGCUUCUCUCGACGUAUCAUCCACUUUCUCGAGCUUCAUGGAACCAAUUACCAAGACCACCUGCAGUGCUAACAUCCUCCCUGGCAAAAACUUCGCAUCUGUUGGUGCUAAUUUUGGAACUAUGUAA